AUGCCAGGCAAGCCGCUAGGCUCCCUCAUUCAAUGCUACCGCUUUAGGAAACCAAACUCCCCGUCCUGUCCGGCGCUUGUACGCCAGUAUUUGACAGGGUUUCCGACAAGCCAUGGCAGCAAGCAUGAGAAUUCCUCGGCGCAAUCAUCUCUAACCGCGACGUCGCCUCCGUUGAUCGACCCUCGAACCUCGCGCGCUGUCAAUUUCCAUCCCAUUAAUGCGCAUGUGCAAAACAGUCUUGACCCGCAACCAUGGAGAUCCCAACCCCGCGACGAUUCUAGAUUUGGCAAAAGACCGCUGGAUGAGCAAGGGGCAGGUGAACCCAUUCUUUGGGAACCCAGUAUCCCCUCGAAUGAAUACACAAAUACUCGGAGGCGCAGCUAUUUCUUCAAGAAAAUAAACUUGGACCGGCCAAAGAAGUUCGAGAACACAUGGGCAAAGCUGUACCGACGCUUGGUUCUCCCUUACGACAAUGACCUCGAGAGGGCACGAGAGCGUGCAGAGGCCCAUCGGCAGACUGCUCUGUCCUUUAUCCGCUAUGAUGACGUCGAAAAAUUGCGUGCCGCUUGGCUGGAAAUGUCUAGGGAUUCCAGGCGGAAGAUGAUGCCUUAUAUAUUCAUCGGCUCACUCGUCGACUCAGCACGCAAGACCCUACUUAUGCUGACAAUGCUGCCUGCUCUCCCCCGCGAUUGGCGAAUGCGUUGCGAGUGUUUAGCUUACCUUGAUUUGGUUCAUCGCGAGGAGAUCGAUGCACAUCCGGACCUGCAGGCUUUGUUCUCGAAACAGAUUGAACGUGUUUCCCGAGUCGAGACAUGGCCGAAACUAGCCAGAAUGCCGCUUGCGUUCCUCACUCUUCUCCUCCGUCAUAAUACAAUCCGACGCUGCGAAGACAUCGUCGAGGGUGUAUUUAAUCAAAUGGAUUCUGUCUCGGUGUCGACUCUGCUGGGCAUGGUUGAUCACUACACAAGGACAGGGAAUGCAGACCGAGCAGUUGAAUUACUUUUCCUGAUCCCAGUUGACCAACACCAAGAGUUUCAACAAGGAAUCCUCGAUCGAGUUGCAAAAAUAAUACCUCUAGACACCAUAGUAGAGACAGACGGUGUUCGCAACUUCCAAUGGAUCCCGAAACUUAUGCAACUUGGUGUCCCGAUGAACGCCAAAAUUCACAACCUCAUCAUCGAGAGAGCCAUCACGCUGGGCCGACCAACUGUGGCUUGGGAACUGUAUCGCUUCAUGGAGCGUGAAAACAUUGAUGUCGAUGCCCGGAGGCAUUUGGUUCUGCUUCGAGACGGAUUCGAAAGGAACGAACGUGAUAAGCUGGAUACAAUCAUGUCCGCAAUCCAUGAGCGGAAGGAUUUGUUUGAUGAUCCGUACUUGGUUGCAUACAUGAUGCACAUUAUCAGGGUCAUUUGUCGCGCCGAACGCAAGCUGCCCACGGAGAGCUCGAUCAACCAUGUCCUCGCAGUCUACGAUCGAGCCUACAGUCGAGAGUCUCUCACUAGACUUGGCCUCGUCGAAGCUGUGCAGGAAAUUCAUGUCUCGGACCAGCAACUGCUUCAGCCAAAACCGGGGUUACUGGCCUUUACCAUAUGGGCAAUCACGCUUUGCCAAACAGACGAGCGGCAAGUCUCGCGAUUGUGGCACUGGAUCUUGCAUAUGAUCAAGCAGGGCGACACCCUUCUUCUUGAAGCGGCCAAGCAUGACGCCUUGUACAAUGGUUUUAUUCACUUUUAUUGUGGUCACCCGUCUACACUCAGCAACGCUUUUGGUGUAGUGCAAGAGAUGGUCAACCUCGGGCACUGUUCGCCUUCGCAACGCACCUGGAGUGAGCUUCUAUAUGGCACGCUGCGCUACGGUCAAGAAGACCUGGCUCAACAUAUCUGGCGGGAUAUGUUGUCGGAUGAUAUGCGUCUCAACAAGCCUGCUUGGGAGUUUCUGCUUGCUAGGUUUGAGCAGUCCGCUUUCGUACGGGAGUUGCAAGAUGAGGCUGCCGAGAGUGACGGGGUGAACAUAGUUCCUUUGUCUGAUAAGCCUCAGUACAAGCCAGGCACCGGCAGCACCUAA